AUGUCUCGCGAAGCCUACCAAGUCCCCGCAACGGGCACCCAGAGCAACUUCGACACCCAGGGCGGAGGUUUCGGCAGCGCCAUGGCCAUCGACAGUCCGACAGUCACCUACCUGUGCGGCGAAUGCUCUGCGCGCGUUCCCCUGAAGCGCGGCGACCAGAUUCGCUGCAAGGACUGCGGUCACCGUGUUCUGUACAAGGAGCGGACGAAGCGGUAA